CACUAAAUAAGUGCACACACAGUACAUUCGUGUUAAAAAAAAUAAUCAGACGCAUGGUGCGCUUGCUAAAAUUAGGUCGCUGAAAACCAUAAUUGUAUUCUAUGGGGUAUCGAUGUGCAGUACAAAAACGCGACGCGUUCCCGUAAUUCAACUAUUAAAAGACUGGGUACUCUACAUGUAUUUGGCGAACGGGAUUUGCAGAAUGGCGUGACACGUGACGUAUGAAUGAAAUGAACUUGGAGUCGGUCGUAUCAAUUUUAUUACGAGACCGGUGUUGACCUGGCAAGAAAAUUGAUAGAGGCAUUUCAGGACAGCGCAGACCCUCAAGAAAGACAUCGAUAUUUUUAUCGAUCGAAAUGUCGUUGGUGGAGCGUUCCCAGCCAACACAAGCGUCAUAAAAUCGUUUGGGAGGUGUCCUACUUUUCGAGAUGUGUUUUGGGCGUCUUUACGAUGUCUUUGCAUGCUCGUUCCUGCUACCUAACCAGUAUUAUUACUUUUUAUUACUAUUAGCAUCAUUAUUAUUAUUAUCAUAAGAAGCAAAAAAACGAGCGAUUAAAUUGAAGACUUGAACGAUCGCUCAAUGACCCAUAUAUAUAAUAAUAUUUCAGGCAAACUCUGUAUAAGCUCCAACUGAAUCUUACAAUUUCCAUGACUCGCUUCUAACUUUUCCUUCCGCAAUAAAAUACGAAAAAAUGAUUAUCCACUUCCGAGCGUUGCGUUUCGACAGCUGGAGCCGCGAAUUUGCCAAGGGGAGAGCUCGCAGUCGGAGAGAAGGGCGGAGGUCGCGUUUGCACGAGAGAGAGAGGGACGGAGAUGAUCAAACGCUAGCUAUUUCGUCCUACUCAGAGAUUGUUGGGAGCUACGGGCCACGUGAUCAGGCGAGCAGAAUCCGCGCGGUCCACCGAAGAUCUAAAUCCGUCCGAGCCGAGGAAGAAGAAGAAGAAGAAGCAGAAGCAGGAGAAGAAGAAGAGGAAAAGGAGGCACCGCGUCGACCUACGCGAGUGCAGAGAUAGCAGUCCAUAAUUGCCCGCGGCUUACGGCGGAUCGUCCGUUCAGAGGAAUCGCGCGGGUGCGAGUGCGAGAUUCGCCGCGUACCUUCCGCCCGCUCGCUCGCGCGCGACCAUCGCUCGGGGUGGAUUCUUCUUUUCGCAUCUCGCUUCAUCCCUCCCCCCCUCCCGGAGAGGCGAACGCGCCGCACGCUGUGGCGGCGAUUCGCUGUAAGGUCGUCCCAGGAACAUGAUCCGUGUGGACGAGUCCGACCCGGUCGGAGAGAUCGAGCCGAGCUUUCCCUACAGGGACGUGACAGUACGUCGUGGCGUCGAAUUCAAGGAUGAUUAUGACAUCCAGGCGGAGCUCGGACGGGGGAAAUUCGGAAUUGUUUAUCGAUGCAAGGACAAGGCGAAUGGCUUGAUGCUCGCUGCGAAAGUGGUGAACGUCAUGAAGAAGGAGGACAGACGAGCCGUGCAGAGGGAAGUCGAGAUUAUGCGGCGCCUGCAGCAUCCGCGAUUGAUUCAACUGUACGACGCAAUUGACACGGGGAAACAGAUAUAUGUCAUCCUAGAAUUGAUCGACGGCGGCGAGCUCUUCGAGAGGGUGAUAGACGAUGAUUUUGUACUGACGGAGCGCAGCUGCGCCGUUUUUAUGCGCCAGAUAUGCGAAGGAAUAGAAUUCAUGCACGGUCAGAAGAUUCUGCAUCUUGAUCUGAAGCCUGAAAAUAUCCUGUGCUUGACGAAGGAAGGUAAUAGAAUAAAAAUCAUCGAUUUCGGCUUAGCGAGGGAGUAUGAUCCGACUAAGAAGCUGCAAGUGUUGUUCGGCACGCCGGAGUUCGUUGCUCCGGAAGUGGUAAACUUUGAUCAGAUCGGAUUCGGGACCGACAUAUGGAGCAUCGGUGUUAUUUGUUACGUCCUAUUGUCCGGUUUGUCGCCAUUCAUGGGCGAUACGGAUAUAGAAACGAUGGCGAAUGUCACCAUCGCAAAAUACGAUUUUGAUCAUGAAGCCUUCGCCGAGAUCUCGGAAGACGCAAAGGACUUCAUCGGGUGCCUCUUGGUAAAGGACAAAGAAAAGCGAAUGACGGCGGCGCAAUGUCGGGAGCACCGCUGGCUGGCCCGAAAAACGCAAAAGACCAGGAGUGAGAAGGAAGUCGCGGGACUGGCGGCGGCCACACGGUUGGCUUUCAUCGAGAAUCGCCCGAUCAUAGGACUCAUCAGUGAUAACGGGCGAGAGGAACUGGAUGUGACGAAGGAUAAUCUCAGACUGUUCGUCGAGCGUUGGCGGGAACAUCCAGACAGUCCGUACACGAUCGACUCGUAUUAUGCGCUACCAAGAAACCCGCUUCGCGAUCAUGACGAAUCGGUAUCCCUACGAGCUCACAGUCCCUCUCCCUGUGACAGUCUUCGCAGCAGCAGUACGCAAUCCGAGAAGGUGACCGAGCCCGUCAGAGAUAGCUCCAGUCAUCUGUUGUCCGUGCCGAGUCUCAGCCUGUCUUUGGAGAGGAGAGCCUCCGAAGGUACAGCAGCGCGAAGCCGUCGUGACCCCGCUAGUCAAAUCGCCUUGGCUGAGGAGAUCAUCAAACUAUCCGAACACCUGCGUUCGAUCGCCAUGGGUUCGCCACUCGUGGACGAGGAAGACAAUGGUAGGACAACGGAAACGCAGCGUUUCAGUAGGAGACCCGGCGAUGCGGGUACGAAUAAUCGUGGCGUGUACUCAAAGAGCAAUAUAACGGUGACCGUGUCGUCUCAUCAUGAUAGAGAGACCAAUGAGAUCAAGGAGAAGCUGUCUAACAUCACUCGGCAACGGAAGCUCAAUGGGACGACCUUCCACAGCAGCCGUAGCUUCGACACGAGGCACAAUGCCAAUGCUAAUCCCAACAAUGUGUUCGUAGCAUUGAGGAGAACGAGCAUCGGCAACGAGGAGGCGUUUGCUAGACGCAAGGGUCGAAAGUGCUCCUUUGAACGGACGACGAUCACCGAGGGAGUCGAGGAGAAAUUUAAUGGGGUAACGAUCGACAAGAGGGCGUCCACCCAGGCGUCCUUCCCCAACUUGGAGGACAAAGAGAUGGACUUGACACCACCCUGGCGACGGUCACGAGUGAAACGAUCCUUUGGCGAGACCAGCAGAGACGUGCCGCGGGUAUCGAAUUUACGGGAUCUGCACAAAAAUUUGAGCCUCGAUGAACCGGGUAGCACGAAGGACCUGUUGCUGCAUCUGCUGGGCGAGUGGGAAGAAGUCACCGCGAAGACCUGCACUGGCGCCGGCAGGAAAUCCAUCAGCUUGGAUUGGUGCGCGGGCGACUCGGUUGCCAGGAGGACGAUGAAUUCGUUGGCGGAGUACUUCCAGUCGAAACAACAGGAGACGACUGCCCCCGACGUCACGUCGUCCACGUCACCCUCGAUAUAUCGUUAA